ACGCUAUUCAUUUCCUAGUCGCCGACAUUGAGAACGCGACGUAGAGCUGGACUGGAUGUGUCCGCGCUGUUAUGGAAUCGCCAGCGUAUUCGUUUGACGAAUCCAUCAGCAAUCGAACCAGUUCGACAAAGUGCUUCGUGCAUUGGCUCUUGUUCUCGGAUCGCUUGGAGAUUGCCGACUGCUUCGGUUACAGUUCCUUCCUGGAUUUCAGAGUGUCUAAUCUCUUUCUAGCCGCCUUUGUCGUUGUCUGCUGCUUUUUCGUCUUCCUCAUGCUCACCUCUAUGUGCUGCUUGUUUUUCUGGUUGCAAAGGAAGAAAGCCAACAACCGCAAAAUGUUGAAUAAGAGUAACUUUAUAGUCAAGCAGAAAUCCACCGGAAUUCAUUCUAAAACACCCGUUAUCCGAAGUGAAGACAUCAUCUCAUUCGUUUUACCCGCGGUUCGUAAACAAAAAAAUUCUUUGAUGGCAGUAGCUCGUCAGUCAAAAGCUGUGGUAGAAACUAACACGUUCAAAACCGCGCCACCAACUCCCGGCACCGUCGGCUACUGCCGUGGCAACAAUAAUUUGGACCCGUCCAAUUUGAACUUGAAACUCUACUCGCCCGGCCAGGAGACGAACGAAAACGUCAACAUCUGCCGGGCGAAAAUCGGUUUCUCAAUACAAAAAGAUUCCUCGCGCCAGUUGCUGAUCCUCAAAAUCCUGGGCGCUCUCAAUCUGCCCGCCAGGAGCAAAAACAUUCCUCCCGAUCCAUACGUCAAGAUCAUUGUUCUUCCCGAAAGACAAAUCAAAUGCGUCACCAAAACGGUCAAGUCCAAUCGCAACCCGCUGUUCAACCAAAUUUUUGAAUUGGACAUGUCCGGCUUGAAUAUGAACGAGACGGAAAUUUUGCUGGCGGUCCGCGACCGUCCCGAGGUCUCCCGCUACGAAAGGUGCGUUUCCCGCUCGGUGACGCUCGGUCAGGCCAUUUUCUGUGUGGCCGAAUUCGACGACGGCAAUGAUCAUCGACGCCAAGUGAGGUGGUGUCUGCUGGAAAUUUCUCCGUCCAUUUCGCCGCGCGCAGAUGCCACGAACGCGCAGAGAUGUUCCAAGGGCGAAAUGCUAAUUUCUUUGCUCUACCAGCCGCACCUGGGACGGAUGAUUUUGGAACUGUUGCAAAUCCGCCCAAUGCCAGUUUUAGUUUCGAAUAACCAAGAUAAAGAGAAAGUGACGAUUAAGGUGUUGCUGUACGAACGCGGAUAUCUGACGUCUUCCCGAAGGACUAACAGCAUCCGGAGGGAUGAGGCCACGGCCGUUGUCCGAGAGAAGUUCGUCUUCGCCCUUCAGCCGCACAUGCUGCACGAAGCUUCCUGCCAACUCGUCCUUGUCACCAAAUCCACAAUAGGAACCAAAAGAACAUUGGGACGGAUCACUUUGGGACACCGUCACUUUUUUUCGACAUGGGCCAAUAGUACAGGCCUCACCACCGGCAUUGAUCACUGGCAUGACAUGGCACACCGGCCUGGAGUUUCCAUCGAACGCUGGCAUCCGAUAUUAUAGCCAAUCAUGGCCCAGCGCUUUCUGCUCAUCUGCUAUUAUAGAGCAUAGCCAAUCAAAUUCUUGCUAAAAAGAAAAAUUUCGAUCGAUUUGCAAAUGAUGUAGGCUUAUUUAUCUUGGAUAUUAGCGCGUUUCAAAAUCCCUUCGUCCCGUUAUUUGGGGUUAGAUAUAUAACACUGGAAGUUUGAAAAAAAAAAUAGUUUUGUAGGAAAGACGUACACACAUAUCACAGUUUUACAGCGGAGAAGGGGAGGGAGGAGGGGAAAGGGGCUAAUGGGUCUUGACGUUAAAAAUUGGGAAGCAAAAUAAACUGCAACAAUUUUUUUUUUCAUAAGUAGUAUAAGGAUAUAGUGACGCAAUAACUGAAAAAUCGGCUUUUUCUUUGAAAAAACAAAUAAAUUCACCGACUACGAAAGUU